GCCGGCCAACUUUACCUCCAUCUGACCAAAGAAGAAUGGAGCACACAUCUGAACAGAUCACUGUCGUCGGGAACAUCUUUCACCGCCAGGGGUUUCCAGGGAGAUUACAACCUGGUCGUGUAUUACAAAAACAAACCCAUAAAGAUACAAUCUUUCUCUGUG